CGUCGGCGCUUGCGUCCGUUUAAACAAAAACUGGCGGUCAUAUUACCCUCGCCGCAACUAACGUGUAGACGAUAAGUGACUUUUAUGCGCUUUGGCGGCAUCGGUGCGCCGUUAAAAUUGAAGAAACAUGCGUUGGACGCGAUGUGACAUCCAUCAUCGGCGAUGAGCAGCGAUUCGUGAUAAAAAAUUUCAUUUAAUAAGUAUUUCUAACAGAACUACAGUGUUAAUUUAAAAAAAAGUUUUAUGUCGUUUUGUGAUUAAAAGUUUGAAUAGGAAGACACCUUUUAAACUGUAAAAGUGCUGUGUAUUUUUAUGGAAAGUUGUGUUGCAACGUGUUUUGACAAAGAUAAACUAAUUCACUAGUGGAUUAUAAAUUAAAAUGGGCUGUAGCGCAGCGAAGAAUCUAACCGUAGAGCAAUUAAACGGCGACACAGGAAACGAGAAUGGCACCGAGACGCGCAAAGUAUCCAUCACAAGACGCGCCUCGGAAGUACCACCCCUUCAAAGUGACGAACCUCCGGAGGAAGUUCUCGACAGUGGGACGUUAAAUAAUUUACAAGAACAUUCAAAUGGUUUAUCAUUUGAUAUAGCGUUCGAAGAAGAUGCGGAAAGCAUCAUACAGAAACAUCCGCCCAAGCGCUUCCAGAAAUUGGAAGAGCAGGAGCAGACCAGCCCAAAUUUAUCACUCCAGCGCUUGCAGGAGAAAUUGGAUGAAGCUGAAAAACGAAGGCAACAGAUACUGCAACAACGUGUGACAUCAGCGAAAGUACGCAAAGGUAUUAAAAAGCAAAAUAAUAUCGAUGGCGAAGGCGAUGAAGAUGGGGACGACGAGGAAGAGGAUGAAGGUGAGGAAAAUCCCACAGAAUCUCCACCGGAUAUCCCGCCCGAGGAACAUGCAUAAAAUAAAUUAAAAACAACGGCGGAAAGUACCAAAACUUAUUAUUUGUUAUUGUUGAGUUUUUUAAUACAAUAUGAUGUGAAAAAAAUCGAUAAAUUACCAUAAUUUAAUUGUUUGGGCGUAAAAACAAGCAACUGUAAAUAAUUAAAUCGAUAAAUGCCGCUUGUUUACUAGUCUAGUUUUUGGUCUAGCCUUUAAUCUGGUUUUUCAUACCAUAUAUUUUUUGUGGCUUUGUGUAUGUGUGGUAAUUGAUGGCUGAAUCGAUGAGUAAAAGCAAACACGCAUUGUCACAUAAAAAGAUUUUGAAAAGUACCUAGUACAUUUCAAGAAAGUGGUUGAAGAAAACCACGAGUUAGCAAAAAAUCUAUAAAUCUAUAACACAGGUCAAGCGGUGAGUAGGAAUCAAACUUACUUAUUUAAAAGUUCAACCUAUAUAAAAAUAAACAAGGAAUUGAAACACGCACUGAUAUUUUAUAAAAAAAAAAAUAAUUAUAAUCAUUUGUAACGGACAGAAAGUUUGGUGUGAUGUAAAAUAAUAAAAUUGUUUGUUUGACUAGAAAUAGACGUAGUGAAGGUAUAAAUAAACGAUUAGCUUAAAUAAUAAUACAGAUCAAUUAUAAUCAUGAUAAUAAUAUAUUGUGUUUUAUUUAUAAUUUGGUAAUUACACAUAUUGAUGUCAAUGAACAUAAAUGUAAUUAUAAAAAGAAUACCCGUAUGCGUUUUGAAUUGCUUAUAGUUGGUUAUGAUGUAUUUUUGGCAAAAUAAUUUAUUUAGCAAUAAUGGGUAGUUGAAUAUUUGCAUCGUUUUGUCAUCAGUCCAUCAAAAACAUGAUCAACAAAAGCAUUUGAUUCGGUUUCAUAAAAAUUCUAUGGCAUCUGGAAAACUUAUCAGUUAUAAUUUUCACCGCUGGUUAAUUUUUAAAUUAUGUAUAUUAUUAGUAAAUAUUAAAUAUAUAAAACAACAUUUUAUUUAUUAACAUCAUUUACAAACCACUAUCAUUUAUUUAAAUAUAUUGUUGUCUUUAUUAGCUUGUAUUAUUAUAGUAUUUAUAAUAACUUUGUUAAUUAGUGUUUUUGUUUUCAUUAGGUGUUAAUUAUAAAUUCAUGUUACGGUUAAUUUAAUAUUACAAACGAUAACUUUUAAAUUGUCGACGAAAUUAAAUAAAACUAAGUUAUUAAAA